CCAAUCAGCGACUUGAUCAAAGGGCUCAAAGGCUGUGGGCGACUGCCAGUUCAGGCGCGGAGUGUGGAUAAACGCCAUGUCUUUAAAUAUCUACUUUUGUGGAAGUAUCCGAGGAGGAAGGCAGGAUGUCGCCGUGUACCAGAAGCUAGUGAAGGCGUUGCAGACAUACGGGAAAGUGCUAACCGAGCAUGUGAGCGACAGGGUAAUUUCCGAGAAAGGGGAGGACGCCUUCAACUGUGACAAAGCCAUUCAUGACAGGGACCUGGAGUGGCUGCAGGAGGCCGAUGUGAUUGUAGCUGAAGUUACACAGCCAUCCCUCGGUGUUGGGUAUGAGCUGGGCAGAGCUGUGGCUAUGAACAAACGGAUUCUGUGUCUUUUCCGCCCUUCCAGUGGUCGAGUUCUUUCUGCAAUGAUCAGAGGAGCAGAGACAGCGGGCAGCAUGUUUAAGGUCCAGGACUAUACCGAGGAGGAGGCCGAGAAAAUUAUUGAAGAAUAUUUCAGCACACUUGACCAGGAGAGGACAUUGUGAUUUGAAGAGACACCCUCCUCCUUAAAGGACAAGGUUUUGAUUUGGGCACACUGUCUAGUUUGGUUAUUAAUCAGACUGUAAAAUGUAUUUUGAUUUUAUAAUAAAAGAGAAAAGAACUGGAAUUAGAAGAAAAAGAUUUUAUUUAGUAAACUGAAGGUGCAUUACUGAUUUUCUGAGACAGAAUGUAUGUAUGAGAAUAUAUAUAGAUGUCAGCUUCAUCCUUCAGGUGUAAUGAGCUUAAACUUGAGCUAAGCAUUUUAAAAUUCUCAUACCAUAAGAACAUUAAUAUGUUCAAAAACAAUUUUCUUAUU